AUGACUCGUUACACAGCACUGUUGUUGACAUUUUUGUGCGCUUUCGCUGCUGCGUCGCCUUUACUACCAGCUUUUUUCAAGUUUCCAGGUACUAGGUCUCAAAACAAGCCUAUCUCUGGAGAUUCGCCUCUGCAGCAGUGCGAUGCCGACGAAAAGCAGCUUUUGGACAUCAAAUUGGUCAACCUACUUCCCAACCCGCCUGUGCGGGGCGAAAAUGUCACCAUUUCGGCUGCAGGCUACGUGAAGGACACCAUUGUGGAGGGUGCAUACGUGGACGUUGAGGUGCGUUUGGGCUACAUCAAGCUGCUGUCGCAAACCUACGAUUUGUGCGAGGAGCUUGAAAAAAACGACGUGGAUGGGCUUAAAUGCCCCAUUGAGGUUGGUGAUUACAUGAUCGAAAAGACUGUGGAAAUCCCCCAAGAGGUUCCUCCUGGAAAGUACUCUGUCGUGGCCAGAGCGUACACGGAGGACGACGACGAGAUCACGUGCCUCAGCGGUGACGUUUAUUUCCCAGCGUACUAA